GCUGGAGGUGCGGCUGGCUGGUGCUGGGGUCUGAGUGCUUUCACCAGGAGCUCUCGCGAUCCUGACGAUGUCGGACCCCGCGUGGCGAGACUCGCGUGGGCGCCCGGCCGAGCUCCCUGGCGACCUGUCCUCACAGGAGGAGGAAGAGGAGGAGGACGAUUCCGACGCCGGGGCCAGCGACUUGGACUCCCGCUCCUCAGCCAGCAGCGACACUGAUCUGGAGCCCGAGUGGCUGGACAGUGUGCAGAGGAAUGGUGAGCUGUUUUACCUGGAACUGAGUGAGGAUGAGGAGGAGAGCCUCCUUCCGGAGACACAGACCGUGAACCACGUCAGGUUCAGUGAGAAGGAGGUCAUCAUUGAAGAGGAUGACUCCAGAGAAAGAAAGAAGCAUGAACCCAAGCUCAAGCGCUUCACCAAGAUCCUGAAGAGCAAAAGACUUUUACCUAAGCGCUACCACAAAAAGAACAGCAAUGACAAUGGCCCGGUGUCCAUUCUGAAGCAUCAGUCCAACCAGAAGACUGGGGUCACUGUGCAACAGCGGUACAAGGAUGUGACUGUCUAUAUCAACCCCAAAAAGCUAACCGUCAUCAAGCCCAGGGAGCAGCUCAAACUCCUGGAAGUGCUGGUGGGAAUCGUCCAUCAGAGCAAGUGGAGCUGGAGGAGGAGCGGGAAGCCUGCCGAUGGAGAGAGGCUUGUGGUGCACGGCCUGUUGCCAGGAGGCUCUGCCAUGAAGAGCGGCCAGGUCCUGGUUGGUGAUGUCCUUGUUGCCGUGAAUGAUGUAGAUGUGACUUCUGAAAACAUAGAGAGAGUUCUGUCUUGCAUCCCUGGACCAAUGCAGGUGAAGCUGACAUUUGAAAAUGCCUAUGCAGUGAAAAAGGAAACAACCCAACCAAAAAAGAAAAAGCCACAGUCGAGCACGAACGAUUUGGUGAAACUUCUGUGCGGGUCGGAGGCCGAAGGCACCCAGCACAGUACUCUGGGAGCCCCCCACAUCACCAUGUACCUCUCGCUGCAGCUCCAAUCAGAGGUCUCCAAGGAGGAGCAUGAAAUUCUGUACCAUUACCCAGUGUCUGAAGCCUCUCAGAAACUCAAGAGUGUGAGAGGGAUUUUUCUCACCCUCUGUGACAUGCUGGAAAGUGUGACUGGGACGCCAGUUACUAGCUCAUCCCUCCAUUUAAAUGGGAAACAAAUACACGUUGCUUUCUUGAAGGAGUCUGACAAGUUGUUGUUAAUUGGCCUGCCUGCUGAAGAAGUUCCUCUUCCCCAGCUAAGGAACAUGAUAGAAGAUGUCGCCCAAACCCUGAAGUUCAUGUAUGGUUCUUUAGACAGCUCCUGUUUCUUCAGCGCCUUUUGCCAGGUUGAGAAUACUCCUCGCUUGGAUCAUUUCUUCAGCUUGUUCUUUCAACGAGCUCUUCAGCCUGACAGGUUGCAUCUCAGCGCCAGCCCCAGUGCACAACAGUAUGAUGCCGCCAGCGCCGUGCUUUUGGACAGCCUCCCUGGAGUGCGUUGGCUCACACUUCCACAGGAACUCAAGGUGGAACUGGACACAGCGUUGAGUGACCUUGAGGCCAACGACUUUGAAGAACUGUCUGAGGAUUACUGUGACAUGAGACGGCUGUACACAAUUUUGGGAUCUUCUCUGUUUUACAAGGGUUAUUUGGUGUGCAGCCAUCUACCCAAGGAUGAUGUCGUUGAGAUUGCUGCGUACUGUCGCCAAUACUGCCUGCUGCCUUUAGCGGCAAAGCAAAGAAUUGGCCAGCUGAUAGUAUGGAGAGAAGUCUUCCCGCGGCACCACCUCCAGCCUCCUUCAGACUCAGACACCGAGGUCUUCCAGGAGCCUGAAGGGAGAUAUUUUUUACUAAUUGUUGGACUGCGCCAUUAUGUGUUGUGUGUGCUGUUAGAAGCUGGAGGCUGUUCAUCUAAAGCCAUUGGGAAUCCUGGUCCAGACUGUAUCUAUGUAGAUCAGGUCAGGACAACUCUUCAUCAGCUGGAAGGAGUAGACUCCCGCAUUGAGGAACGGCUAGCCUCAUCUCCGGGGCCCUGCCUGUCUUGUGCUGACUGGUUCCUUGCUGCAUCACGUGAAAAGGCUGAUAGUUUGACCACUUCACCUAUCCUCAGUAGACUACAGGGGUCCGCCAAAACAGCAACCUCUCCAACAUGCAGAAGAACCUUUUUCAGUGACUAUUCCUUCAAGGCACGGAAGCCCAGUCCCUCCCGGAGCAGUGGCGGAUGUGAGCCUGGUGAAGGUGGAGAAGGUGUUGGUCUGAGCCCACACACUACCCCAGAUGCAGUCCGGAAGCAAAGAGAAGCCGAUGGCUCGGAGGACAGCGUGGCAGUGCUUAAGCUCGCUAGGAAGAAGUCGACACUUCCAAAUCCAUUUCAUUUGGGAAAUUCAAAAAAAGAACUUACAGAAAAAGACGUGGAAGUCUAUAACAUGAUGAAAUUGACCUCCGGACCGGAGAAUACACUCUUCCACUAUGUCGCCUUAGAAACAGUUCAGGGCAUCUUCAUCACCCCCACCCAUGAAGAGGUGGCUCAGCUAGGCGGUUCCGUCCAUGCUCAGCUAAUUAAGAAUUUCCAUCGGUGUUGUCUCUCUAUUCGUGCAAUUUUCCAACAGACAUUGAAGGAAGAGAGAAGGAGAGCGCUGCGUGGUGGAGAUUGUCCGGAGCCUGCAGACUCUGUGUCGUCUCUGACUCCCGUGAAAGAGCAUGGUGUGCUCUUUGAAUGCUCCCCUGAGAACUGGACCGAUGAGAAGAAAAGUCCGCCAGUUAUGGCUUACUGGGUGGUGGGGAGGCUCUUCCUUCACCCAAAACCUCAGGAACUGUAUGUGUGUUUUCACGACUCGGUCACAGAAAUUGCCGUUGAGAUGGCAUUUAAACUGUUCUUUGGAUUAACAUUGUAGCUGUGUUUGUAGGAUACAAAGCAACACACAUGGACCGUGUGACAGUGCCAGGAUGGCCAAAAUCAACACAUAAAGAUAAGGCUCAGUUUAGUCACUUUCCAGUAUUGAACUUCUCUUGUUAAAUGUCGAGAGCAGGGCUGUUGGGUUGGUGUGUCAGACUCCGAGCAGAUCCUGGGUCAGAGUAUGGAGACACAAUUACUAAUUUAUUGCCAUUUUGGUAUACCAUGCUAAUUUAUUGAAUAGUUUUAAAUAAUGUGAAUUCUUUAAUAAAAAAUUAAUAUAGAUGUUUAUUUGGGGAUCAUAUUCAACUCAUUUUUUAAAUUGAAACCCAAUGCUGACUUACACGGUGAAGGGAUCGUGAAAUAGAAGAGAUGAUGAGGUUCUCUAGUUGGUGGGCUCUGUGUUGUGAGGAGCCCUGCACCUGUCAGGCUCAGAGAAUCUGUGUACUAAUAACAUUAUUACUGCAUUGGGAGUUUUUAAAAUGCCAGUUAAGAAAAAUGCAUUGUUUUCAUGGUGUGUAUUAGUCAGUAUCUAAAUUUGCAAUAGUUGUGUUCUGGUUUCUUAGCAAAUCAAAAGCCUUCUCAUUCGUCUCAGUAUUUUAGUGGAUCCCUUCCUGCAGAGGAAGAGGGGAAGGAUGGAAGUUAAGGUUUAUUUAUAUUUAUUCAGUUCUCUUUAUUCUUUGUGAUAAGCUUUAUUUUGGAUUAGGAGACUUAUUUUUAAAUUUUUAAUAAUCUAUAAGUUUUUUUUUCUUCCGUUGAAAUACAUUCUGGUACACAUAUAUUUUAUAUCACUCUAGCAGAUCAUACUAAAAAGACUGGAAGAGGGCUGGAGAGAUGAUUCAGAAGUCAUGAGCAGGUACCUCACUGGAAAAGCCCUAAGUUCAGCUCCCAGCACCCACAUCAGACCACUCACAACCACCUGUAACUCCAGGGAAUCCUGGAGUUUGGAGUUUGGCCUCCACAGAUAUGCAUGUGAGCGCGUGCGCACACACACACACACACACCGUGCAUACACACAAGCACACAAUUAGAAAAUAAAAUCCCUUUGAAAACACUGAACCAAACUGCUUAACAGUGUCAUAGGGUAACUUCUUUUACAAAAUACUAGUUUUUGUCCUAGAGAUAAGCAUCAGUCUGUAUUGGGUUUUCCCAAAGAAAGAGGAGGAACUUUAACCAACAGCUGUUUCCCUGAGCUUCAGUAGUAGAGAAGACUGCGUAGACAUUGAUUUCAUUGGUCAUGAGAAUUCAGUAUAUUGAAAAAAAUAUAGUAAAUACUACAUUUAUUAUUACCAUCUACCCUGGUGGGCAUCCCACAUACUCAAUAGUCCCCACACACUACAGUCCUGGCUAGCUUCUCCUUCAAAGAUUACAUAUGUUGGAAGGAAGCUAACUGAAAUCGAUCUAAAGUUCAUCCCUGUAUUUUCCCUCCUUAAACAUGAGUGUUCCCGCUGAAAUUACAAAGCGUAUCAGUGCACCCUGAGCCAUUUGGUCUUAUAGAAAAACUUUUACCCCUCUGUUGUCAGUUAAGAGAUUCUCACUGAGGCAUUGGUAACAGACACCGGCUGUUUAUAUCACCAGUGACUUCUGGGCUUUAAUUUCAGCUUUCAAGGCAGAGAAGGAAAUUUUGGAUCUUGAGGUGUUAAAAAGAGUUUGAACUAUCUCCCCUCUUAACAAGAGUCAAAUUGGCUAAGGCUGUCCUCUGUCUCAGACUGCCUGUGUGCCAACGUAUGUGUUCCAGAACUUCUAAAAUCGUAUUUAUUAAAUGCUUUAAGUUUCUGAAUAGACCCUUAAAUCCCAAAGCUGUUUCUAAUACUGAUCAUUAUAUUCAGUGUAGCCGUGGUCACCUCAGAUUUUCAAAUAGAACAAACUAAGACUUGAAAUUUUAAUACAGAGAACUUUUUUCCCAGUUAAAUUUUCAUCUGCUGGUGCUUUUUUGGUGUCAGAUAACGAUAAGAACACUAUUUUAAAAGGGGUGUAAAAACAGAAAGCAGAUAACAGAUCUUAAAGAUGGGCCAUUUGCUGUGUGGCCCUUGAACACUAUAAUGUCCAUGUUGAAGAGGCAUUGCAUUUUCAAAAAAUAAAAUGCUGACCUCUUUUUCAUCUCCAGGGGAACAUUGGUGGUAAACUUAGCUGACCAAUUGUCUGAAUAGUUCAGACUCACACCUGAAAUGCAGUCUUACUGUUGGCAUUCAAGUCCUGUCUGCCUCUGUUACAGGGAGGGGACAGAGAGACAAGUGCAGAUCCCAUAGCGAUGGGCUCUCAGAGAAACCUUCCUGAGUUAGGCUUCAUUCACAUCCUAAUAAUGAUGUUCCAGAAAACAUGAGAUACAGUGUCUACCUAGCGUUCCUCGAAAGUCAGACACAGCCAGGCAUGGUGCCAUAUGCCUCUAAUCCCAGUGUUCAGGAGGCUGAGGCAGGAGGAUAUAAUAAAUCCAAGGACAGGCAGGGCUAUACAACAAGGCUCUAUCUCAAACAAACAAAACACAAGGACUUCAUUACUUCUGUCAUGUGUUUCUUGGCCCCAAAUAAAUUUUAGACUCUUGCCCUUUCUCUCCCUCUUCUCCCUAUCCUUGGCUUUCUUUUGGCUCUGUCACAUCAGAGAACUGUACCUAGGAGGGUACAAAGUGUUUCACUUUUUGUGCCAAGGGACAGUGGAUGACAAUGUGUGCCUAACAAAAUGGUAAUUGUGAAAUAAUCACUGUCUAAAUAGUUCUGACACAAAUUGAAAAAAAAAAAAACUGUGAAACCAGUCUACGAGGUUUGGCUGCUUUGACCACUGUGUUAAAGUGUGUCCUCUCAACUGUGGUUGUCACAUACUAUAAAGUAUGAGCUGUGAGCUGCAGCUACUGCUUACCACCGUUAAGUGCCCUCUGCCUGAGAGCAAGGGAAACAGCUGAGUCAAGUCUACUACCGCACAACACGGCAGGAAUGACCUGGGGAAACUGUGGCUUACUCUUGUGUUGACAAUAAGGAUGUAUAUUUUGGACAUCUUUUAAAAUAGUGCUACUAAAACUUGAACCUAAAAACCAAACCUUAUGAACUAACUUAAUUUUAAAGAAUUUUAUUUCUGUAUGUAAUUAAAGCUAUUUUUCUACAUUAUUCAGAGUUUUAAAUAAAAGUGUUUUGGAGGUUUGUUUGCAU